UAGCAGAUAAGUCAACUGCCAGAGACCCUUUUUCCCUUCCCCCAAAAGUAUAUUUUGUCACAGCCUCAGCCCCACAGAUCCCGGUGCAGCUCCUCGUGCAGCCUAUCCUCCCAUCGGUGCUAGUACCCAAAGCAAUCAGUGAAAGCUGCUCCUCGGCCCCCAUCUCCCCCCCUCCACCCUCCCCUUCUUCCCAUUGCAAACUGGGGGGGGGGGAAACAUUUCCCCUUACCUCCUUUGGGAGUGAGAUGAGUCGCCACCAGCCAGGACUGCUGCGGUACCUUCCGCCUCCCUUCCACCCAGGUUGGGGCGACCCGGCAGGGCACGGGGGCCCGCAGCACAGAGAUCCCUGUGGGUGCGCACCCAGAGGCAAAGACGAGGCGUCCAGUGUGGGAUCUGAUGCUGCGCACUAUCCAGCCCCCCAGGCAGAGGGGGUCACCUUCUCCAGGCUUGAGUCCACCACCGGCCCUGGGACUGGACCUUGUCAACGCAUCGGCGGCUCCUCACAGCCUCAGGUAGCCAUCAAGCCAGCAGGUUCCCAGGUGCUUUCGUUGCCUACUGAUUUCACCCCCCCUGCUGCUAAUGGGCAUCGGCGAGGAAGUCGCCCUUCGUCAUCCUGCUCGGACACUGUAGAGGGGGAUUAUGAAGCGUCCAUUAGACUGAAACCCGGCUCUGGGUCAUCUGGGAAGGGCAAAACGGAAGAGCAGCGUUUUUUUCUCCAGGCGGCUCCACUGUUAGACAGGCCUAAAGACGACAGAACAUCGCAAGAAAUACGAGAGUUUGAUUUAAACCUGAACCUGCUCCUUCUCUGGUGCACAGUCAUGACUGUGGUCAAAAGUGAAAUGAUGCAUUUGAAAUAAAAAGUACAUCUUGAUUUUAAAUCGCAGUCGCCGCCAAAGAUGUUUACUAAUAUUUUUUCCCUCUGUCUUGUAAUUUUCAAAAAGAGGUCUAAUAUUGCACAAAAAUAAAA